AUGGCUACGGCUAAGAUUGUAGUUUGGGUCAUGAAUGACGCGAAAAACAAACGAACCUUUAAGAAAUUCCAAAUUGACCAAUUCCCAGUUAUGGGCGUUGCGGAAACUACGCAAAAACGUGUGGAAACGUAUGCAGAGCACUUAGGUUUCAGUGAGGCAGCAAAAGCAGAAAUAGGUUAUGUUGGCUAUUCAAACCAAAAGUUCAAAGUUGUGUCUGACAACGAUCUUGAAAUAGCAUUAGGAAGUGGAGGGUUCCACAAAGACAACAUCCCGGUCCUGUACAUAUGUCGUAAGGAAGAGCAGGCAGGAAAAAGAACUGUCCAUAACGUUGAAGGUGAGUGAAUUUUUAUUUGCGGCAUUUCACAUUUAUUUAACAAUGCGAUAUUCUGUAUGUUACCUCCACCUUCACCAUGAGACGACUUCUAGAGAAAUUUUUGUUUUGUUUUUUUUGCACCCCUUACUUUUUUCGAUUUUUUGGAGAAGUGCAGCAUGUACAAUUAUAGCCAUUGCAAUUGCUUGUUGUUGUUUUUUUCGUAUAAAAGUUCCAAAAAACUUUCCAACGGGAAUAAUGGUAUCUUGCUUUUCCCUUGAUCCUAUAAACAAAACUUGUGAAGAAUUUAAGGUCUUAAAUAGAACAAAUAUUUGAUUAAACAUAAUUUUUAUAUAUUUUUUCAGAAAUCAGUCGCUGA